UAAACCGUCCGCUAAUGGCUAUUGCUCAAGUCUCGACUUUCAGAAGGACAUCAGAUGAGUAUUAAUGGUGGUUAAUGUACAGUUCAUCUUCCUCCUUUCUUCUCCACUGUGCAGAUCCAUAACGCCGGAAUAAGAGCAACCCGCAGCAGUUAGAAGAACAAAAAUGGCGUCACCAGCAACUCUCCAACAAAGAUCCCCUCUCUCCCCAUCCUCCUCCUCCCCUCUUCAACGCCUCUCCACUUUCAAAAACUCCUCCUCUGCCUCUCCCCUACCACCCACCACCACCCCUUCCACCACCGCUUCUGCAUUAGAUUCCUUUGCCAACGACCCAAUUCUCUCUCCUUUCCUCUCCCCUUCUUUCUCCUCCACCUCCUUCUCCUCCGCUGCCCUCUCCUCUGGCUCACCAGCCUCCACCGCCGAGCAUCUCCACCAGGCCAUCCGCCUUCUCGAGUCCCAGCUCCGUUCGGAAGUCCUCUCCCGCCACCAAGAGCUUCUCUCCCAACUCUCAUCUCUUUCCCACGCAGAGCUCUCCCUUUCAUCCCUUCGAUCUUCUCUCUCUUCUCUCCAAUCCUCCCUCCGCCGUGUUCGAUCCGAGCUCUCUGACCCUCUCCAUGCCAUUCGCUCCAAGACCCUCCAGCUGUCCAACCUUCAUUCUGCGUCUGAACUCCUGUCUCACUCCAUCCGCGCGCUCCGCCUCUCGAAGAAGCUACGUGAUCUCAUGGUUGCUGCGGACGCUGAUCCCGAUAAGCUUGACCUUGCCAAGGCAGCCCAGCUCCAUUUCGAGAUCUUGAACAUGUGCCACGAGUACGAUCUCCUCGGCGUUGAAGUCAUUGACGAGGAGCUCAAGUGGGUAAAGGAGAUCGGGAAUCGGCUGAGGACGGAGGCGAUGAAGGUGUUGGAAAGGGGAAUGGAAGGGUUGAAUCAGGCCGAGGUGGGCACUGGAUUGCAGGUUUUCUACAAUCUCGGCGAGCUGGGCGGAACGGUGGAGCAAUUGAUUAACAAGUACAAGGGUAUGGCGGUGAAGAGCGUGAGCGUGGCCUUGGAUAUGAAGGCCAUAUCUUCCGGUCCCGGUGCCGGUGGUGGGUUCGGGCCGGGGGGGAUACGGGGUAGUGGGACACCGCAGAUUGGUGGCGGGGCCAAAGCUAGGGAGGCUUUGUGGCAGAGGAUGACAACUUGUAUGGAUCAGUUGCAUAUUAUCAUGGUCGCGGUUUGGCACUUGCAACGGGUGUUGUCGAAGAAAAGGGACCCCUUUACCCAUGUCUUGUUGCUUGAUGAGGUUAUCAAGGAUGAUGAUCCCCUGUUAACAGAUAGAGUAUGGGAGGCACUUGUUAAAGCAUUUGCUAGCCAAAUGAAAUCUGCUUUCACUGCCUCAAGUUUUGUCAAAGAAAUUUUUACGAUGGGUUAUCCAAAGCUUGUCUCUAUGAUAGAAAAUUUUUUUGAACGAAUUUCACGUGACACAGAUGUUAAAGGGGUAAUACCAGCUAUCAGCUUGCAGCGAAAAGAUCAGAUGGUUGCAACAAUUGAGAUAUUCCAGACAGCUUUCUUAUCUCUCUGCUUAGGUCGCUUGUCUGAUCUUGUUAAUACAGUAUUCCCUGUGUCUAGCCGUGGAAACGUUCCCUCCAAAGAACAAAUCUCCAAAAUAAUUUUACGUAUUCAGGAAGAGGUUGAGGCUGUACAAUUGGAUGGUCGUUUAACUCUUCUUGUCUUGCGUGAAAUAGGCAAGGUCUUGCUCCUUCUUGCUCAACGUGCUGAGUACCAGAUAUCAACUGGUCCUGAAGCACGCCAAGUAACUGGUCCUGCAGCUCCUGCUCAAAUCAAGAACUUUGCAUUGUGUCAGCAUCUGCAAGAGGUUCAUACACGCAUAUCAUCUAUGAUUUCUGGGCUGCCUACUAUUGCUGCAGAUGUGUUGUCUCCUUCUUUGGGUGUAAUAUAUGGGGUUGCUUGUGACUCGGUAACAUCCCUGUUUCAAGCGAUGGUUGACCAUCUUGAGUCUUGCAUUUUACAAAUUCAUGACCAGAACUUUGGUACGCUUGGCAUCGAUGCUGCCAUGGACAACAAUGCUUCACCAUACAUGGAGGAGUUGCAGAAGUGUAUUCUUCACUUCCGUAGUGAGUUUCUAUCUAGAUUAUUGCCUUCUACAACAAAUGCUAAGACAGCAGGAACAGAAACUAUAUGCACUAGGCUGGUUAGGAGAAUGGCUUCUCGAGUUCUGAUAUUCUUUAUUAGGCAUGCUUCCCUAGUAAGACCCCUUUCAGAAUCAGGCAAGCUUAGAAUGGCUCGGGACAUGGCUGAGCUAGAAUUAACCGUGGGCCAGAAUUUGUUCCCAGUAGAACAACUUGGUGCACCCUACCGAGCCCUUCGAGCAUUCAGGCCACUUAUUUUCUUGGAAACAUCUCAAUUGGGAGCAUCUCCUCUUCUUCAGGAUCUACCACCGAGUGUCAUACUACAUCAUCUUUAUUCCCGAGGGCCUACAGAAUUGCAGUCACCGUUGCAGAGGAACAAACUUACACACUUGCAGUACUCACUAUGGCUUGAUUCUCAAGGAGAGGAUCAGAUCUGGAAAGGAAUCAAAGCAACUUUGGAUGAUUACGCAGCAAAGGUCAGGGCAAGAGGAGACAAGGAGUUUACGACUGUCUAUCCUCUCAUGCUUCGACUAGGAUCCUCAUUGAUUGAAAAUGUUUCUGCAUGAUAUCCCUGGUCACAGAUAUACCUAUUAAUGAACUCACAGCUGGCUAGCCAUGGUCAACUUUCUUACUUCGAGGAGGAUGCCGAUUGGAAAUUUGGAGAAAACUUGACAGAAUCAGACAACAGUUGAGCCAGUUCAACUUCCAGUUUUGACGUAAAAAAAAGGUCUUCUUUCUUUAACAUAUUAAAAGAUAUUCUUUUUAUGAAUGGUUUUUAUAUCGCCAUUCUCAUGAUACUCAUAAUCGAAGCAUCCCUUGAACAACAGCCUUGAGUUCUGUGCACUGUCUUCGGAUAUUAGUAGCUGUUUGGAGAUUGUAAAAUCAUUGUUUUUCCUGCAUGUUUCUUCUGCACUUUUUUUCCACAGGGUUGCUCAUGUAAUAUACAUUUCCAGGUCAUAAUGGUGAAUAUAUCUAUAAAUAUAGAUGCAUUCUUAUAUUGA